AUGGCCUUCUCCUGGUCAACUAGUGGCCAUUCCGUCCUCAAGCUGAACAUCCGUCAACUGUGCCUGUUCGGGAUGUGGCCACUGUGUGAUUCACCGCUGUAUAACUUCUACAGCGCCCUCGUAUUGACGCUGGGCGUUUGGAACUGCAUGGAAGGCGCUCUGGCCAUCGGCUACAGCGGAGCUGAUCUUGAAGAAACGACGUUGGUCUUGGCCAACUCGUUCACGACCUGCAGCGGACUCGUCAAGGGCAUACUGUUUGUGUGGUACAGGCCACAGUAUUACGCCAUGGCGCAGCGUCUGACCGCGCUGGUGUGGGCACAGAGUGAGGCCUGCACCAGGGACACCAACCUGGCAAACAUCCUCCAGAAUUCGCGCAGACGUGCUGCCCACAUUUCGCUGGCCAUGUUCCUGUUCCUCUUUCUGCAGGCAGUCGUGUGGUUCCCAAUGCCGUUGAUCGCGCACCCAGGCGAACGUCGCCUUCCGCUCGUCCAGCACUACUGGGCCGGCAACAAUAGCUACUACGCGCUGUCGUACAUCGUGCAGUGUUGCUCAGCAAACUACCUGGCCAACGUGAGCUUCGGCAUGGACUGUCUUCUAGUAACUAUAAUGAUUUUGGUGGCCGCGCAGCUGAAGGUCCUCACUAUCCGUGUAGCAGCCCUGAGAAUGGAACAGGCCGACACGGAACUGGGAGUCAAACAGCGUUUGGAGGGUCCACCUGCUGUGUAUCAGGACAGGCUGUACAAAGAUUUGUGCCUCUGUAUUGAAAACCAUCAGCAAAUUCUUCGGUACGCACAAGCGGUGUCGACGGCGGCGUACAGCUGCUCCUGGGUGGAGUCGAGCGCGGCCUUCAAGCGCGCCCUCCGCCUACUGCUGUGCCGCGCCCAGAAGCGCCUCGUCCUCACUGCCGGCUACUGCUACCCCAUCGACAGGGCCGCCUUCCUCUCGGUCAGCCCUUUGGGUCCAAACAGUAUUCUGAUGGAGUAUGAUCAGGUGAUCUCAGUAGCUAAGAAACGACUCAAGGCGCCGGAUGCAAAGCCCAAGAUAUAUUCCACAUUUGGCGGCCGACUGGCGCCGUGCGCUGCUAGGGCAGCAGUGUGGCAGGGCAGCCAACAGACUCAAUCAGUGCUCAGUGCUGAGACUGUACAACUGCGAUUGAUGGCAGCUCGCACAAAAAAGAUGUUCUUGUACUUCCGCAUGAACCAGCGCCGCUGCGGCGGGCUAGCCGUUAAUCCUGUGGCGUCUAGAGACGUGCGCUGA